GGAAGAGCUCACCGCACAACACGCACAGCUUAGUGACGAGAACACACCAACAACUCGCAUCUUUCCUGUCAACAGCGACAAUGAAGGGCACGCUGGCUACAGUGACACUGGCGGUGGUGGUGGCGGCGUGCUCGGCGGGGAACUUUCAUGACACUCGAUGUCCCCGAAACUUCAACCUGGCCGCUGCGACCUUCCCCAUUGGUCAGAGUCCUAAAGCCUGUUUCACAACCCAAGACUGCCCCUUCGGACAACUGUGCUGCCCAGCUCUCUCUUCCGCGACCGACUUAUGCCUGUUUCCUAGCAGCGGUAACGGUCCUUUCCCCGGCAGCAGCCUCUCAGGCAACAGGCCCAUAAACAGCCACAUCCCUCACUCAAACGGCCAAAAUCCUAUCGUAAACGGCCACAUCCCUCUUGUAAACGGCCACAACCCUCAUGUCAACGGCCAAUGCCCAGCUAACUUCAGACUGGCAGCAGCUACAUUCCCAUUCGGCCAGAGCCCUUCGCGUUGCAGAAUAAACAAAGACUGCCCUCAAGGGACACUCUGCUGCCCGGUCAUUGAUUCAGUGUCCAACCUGUGCCUGUCUCCCGCGUCCGGUUUCCCAGGAAACCACAUCUCCAACAGCAAACCUAUUGUUUUUCCAGGACAAGUUGCCUCUAAUAUUCAAGGCAGAUGCCCCUCGCAAGCUCUUAACCUCGCCGUGGUCCGCCUUCCUGCAGGUCAGCCCAUUUAUUGCGGAACAACAAGCGACUGUCCCAGGAGACAGCUGUGUUGCCCGGCUGUCAAUCCUGCCUCCAAAGUCUGCCGGGACGUCUUUCACCACUAGGAAGUUACACCUUCCUUGAUCUCACUAGCUGAUAUUUUAACCUUAUUUAAUUCUCAAGUAACUGCCUACUUUCUUCUGAAAAGAGUGGUUGUUUGGAGACUUCAAUAAAUUAUAUUAUGAAUUUUA